AUGAUAUCGUCGAUAAUUUCCCGAUUGGUGAUAUUGGUAUUCGGAACUCUCUACCCUGCAUACGCUUCAUAUAAAGCUGUACGGACAAAGAAUUUGAAAGAAUACGUAAAAUGGAUGAUGUACUGGAUAGUGUUCGCACUGUUCACGUGCACGGAGACGUUCACAGAUGUAUUCCUAUCGUGGUUCCCGUUUUACUACGAGGUGAAGAUAGUUUUGGUGCUAUGGUUACUGUCGCCUGCCACCAAGGGCUCCUCAAUCCUUUACAGGAAGUUUGUGCAUCCAGCACUUUGCAGGCGGGAACAGGAAAUAGAUGAAUACAUUGCCAAAGCCAAAGACCAGGGUUACCAUACUGUGCUCAACUUGGGUACUAAGGGCGUCAACUAUGCAACAACCGUUAUUAUGCAAACGGCUAUAAAAGGAGGCGGCGGUUUGGUGCAACAGUUGCGCAAAAGCUACAGCCUGUCCGAUUUGACUGAAUGUGAGCCGAUCGAAGAAAGGGGCGCGGACGAGGCUGAUGAUGUGCUCGCUGAGCCGAGGCUCAUUCGACGCGCUCUUAAAAGUGGAUUUGCGGCUCGGCGUAGCGCUUCUGAGUCGAACAGUCGCCAGCCGAUGUAUUUCCCAGAAGUGGAUGUGGACGUGAGGAGCACUCGCUCCGGUAGAAGCGAUGAACCAGAUUUCAGUCACAUAAAGUCAACGGAGGAUAUAAGCUCGGGGUACUCUAGCGCGGACAACUCUGCGCCGCUGACGCGCACGGGGUCGGUGGGCGCGGCGGGCGCGGCGGCGCUGGCGGGGCGCGGCGGGCGCGCGCGCGCCUCGCGCUCGGCCGCGCUCACCGCCAUCAAGCGGCCGCCCGCCGCAGAGGAUAAUGAAGUUCUCAUCGAGGAGUUACAAGACGACGAUUCUAUUAAUUGUGCAAAUAUGCCUUCCCUUAUUAAUGUAUCGUCCCAUCUUUAUUUAUCCCACACAAACCCUCCAUUUAUUUAUCAAUACGUUGGGGAUCAGGUUAAAAUUAUACAAGUACUAGGGCAAAUGCCUUUAUAUAAUGAAACAAAUUUUAAUAGUUAUCAGUCCAAUCAUCAGGACCAUAAAGAAAUGGUUACUGAAAAUACGAUAGAAAAAGAACAUAUUAUUGAAACUACUUCAUCGGAACAAAAUAAUUCCAAUGAUACUACAGCAAAUAGUACAAAUAGUAAAGAAUACACAGGUAAUGAUUUAGUUAUUGAGGAAGCAAAUAGUUCUACAAAUAAAAACUCUAGCCCCGAAAUUGUUGAGAUCCCGUUAGACAGUUUGAAUGCGGACGAAGAUGCUAACGAUAAAAAUGACAAUAUAAAUGACAUCGAAUUUAAAAAAAGAAAUGAAAACAAUGUAGCAUGCGUAUCUGACAAUUUAGCAACAAAUAGUUCAGCAGAACCGUUAACUGAUUAUUAUUCUUCCGAUGAUGAAGCCUCUUUUGGAACACCUAGUGAUUCUCCUAGAAUGAUAAGAAAAAAUCAAAGAGGUAAAUACGGUAAAAACAAGGCUCCGCCUCCACCAAAAAUUGAUCUUGUUAAAACUGUUGUUUCUAAUGUCAUGGAGCAUAAACCAGAUACUGAUUCCAAAGAAAUGGCUAUGGCUAUCGCUAGUGUAUUAAAGGAGUUAGAUACGCAAAAAGAUAACAAUCAGACAGUCUGUCGUCCAGAAACCCUUACUCCUGUUAGUGAAAUAAAAAGACAUCAAAAUUCCAAAUCCCCAUCAAUAACACCCAAACCAAGCGCUUCAGGCUUCGGAAAAUUAUUGCAGUUACCAAGUAAAUUAACAUUUUGGCAUAAAGUCGAAGAUAAAUCCAUUUCUGAUAAUAACUCGGUUUCUUCUGAUGACAAAAGUAGAAGAGGUUCAAUGGAAAAUUCUAGCUUUUAUAAGAAGGAUGAUGCUUAUGUCCCUUUAAACGAAUCAAACGAUAUAACAGAAAUACCCUUGAGAAAAAAUUCUAAAGACAUUUUAAGCUUCGAAGACGCGCAAGAAUUUGAUACCGAAAGUACGACCCAAAAUAUUGUAGAAAAAAGUGAUGUACUUCAGAAACUUAUCGAAGCCAAAAUAGAAAGUCAUCCAGAGUACAAAUAUGUUCCUUUAAAUGAUGAAAUCCCGACGACAUCUAUAAGUACAGAUGUAUAA